UCUCUGCUCCAAUUCAAAAUUCGAAACUGUAUUGAAACGUUUGCCGCUCGCUCCCUCUUCUUCCUCCUCCGCGACGCCGGGAUCGGAGCUCGUCUCAUCGGCCAUGGCGCUGCUCUGCUUCCUCCUCGACCUCCGCAACAUCCCGCCUCCCCUCCUCCGCCUCCUCAAGCAGUGCCUGCUCCACCUCGCCAACCUCUACGCCGCCGUCCCCUCCGCCGUGCCGCUCCCCGACCGCCUCGCCCUCUGCUACGUCCACCAGGCACCCGCCGCCUCCAAUUCCUCCUCUCGCUCCUCGCCCGAGCUCAAGAUUGCCUAUCGGCCUGGGGAGAAAUUUAGCCUUCGAGAUUUCCACCAUGCUGUUGAAAAUGUGCCUCUGGAUGGCUUCCUUCCUGAGCAACAUGGAUCUGUACCUACUGGAGACGUGUCGUUGACAAAUCUGUUUAGCAACAGAGCCAUCUAUUCUUGGGCCACUGAUGACAUCUCCAAGAAAGUGAUUGCAAUAUGUAUGUCUGCACAAAACACAGAGUCUCUCCGAAGAUCACUUAUGGAUGCAGCAGAACAGUGUAUCACAGUGGAGUUUGUAAUAUUGGAAACAGAAGCUGUAUCCAUGUAUGAUGAUGUUUCUGAAAACUCCAAUAGUUUCAUACACAGAAUCAGUGAUCUUGAAAAUUGUGUCAUACGGAGAUACAGCCCUGAGACCCAAGUUUUGCAUGGGCUAGUCAAGAGGUGGUUAGAAGAGCUAAAGGAUGACAAGGAAGAUACCCUGCAAGCUGUAUUUGUGUUCAGAGUUCCCAUAAUUAAAUCUGUUAAUCAAAUAUCUUGCAGCAUAUAUCCAUCAGUCAAUCAGAUCAUUGAUGGUUUUCCAUCUUGUCAGAUAUGCAGGUGCCAUGGUCGCCCCAUAGAUCUUGUUACCACAAACAAGGCGAAAUGGCUGUGCCCAACAACUAGCCGUCAGCUUGCAGCUUCUGAUGUUACCAAUACUGCAGUGAAGAUCGGAGAACAGACUGUACUGUUUCUUCCCACUUCAGAAAGAGGGUCAAACAUGCGGCGAGCCUCUACUUCCAUUUCUUUUGAUGUAAUUGAGCGCACUGAGUUAGCCUCAGUAAAUGAAGGAGUCAUAAUGGGGAAAUCUCAUGUUGUGAUUCCCAGUUCAAAUGAUGAAAUUGGUUUAACUGAUGAGAGCUUGGAUCAGAACACCCAGUUUUUCUAUGGUCUAUGUGAAACUCUUUUCAAGCUUGAUCAGGGACUUGUGUGCUCCUCAGCAUGCAAUACUGAAACAAUGAAAAUUGGGACUCUCGAGUGUUAUUAUCUUCUCCAACCAUCCGAGAAGGGACCGAUGCUUCUGAGGAGGCUUGCUGGAUCUGAAGAGAUAUUGCCUCUCCCAGAUGUGAAUCGACCUUGCAACUCUACUUGUACCAAGGAAAUGAAGAAUUCAAUUGAAAACUCCUUAUUGAAGAUUGUUCUGAAGGAGUACAACCCUCUACAGCAUGAAAGAGGUUUCCAUUCGAAACUGAAUUCUCUGGUGAACGAUAGUCUGCAGUUCGGGUCCAUUGCUCCAGCCUAUGCCCCGAAAGGUGCCAACCAUCUUGAUUCAUUCAGUGAACCACAGCUACCAACAUUGCAGGGUCCGAGAGAAAACAUGUUCAUGAGCCAAAAGGAGAAGGCUGCAGAUCCUGUCCAUAUUCAUUCGUUUAGCGAGCCACAGACACCAUCGUUUCGAGCUCCGAAAGACAAGUUCCCGAGCCAAUCAAAGGAGAAGCUCCCAAGCCAGUCCAAAGCGUCCCCCAGUGUUUCCGAGGAGUGGGAGAAGCUCAUCAUCAUCGAUGAUAUGGAUGACUUCUGCACCCCUGCCACUUCCUCCAGGCGUACUAUCACCAAGCCUGCAAGCUCCAAGUCACCGUCUCCAGUGAAGGCAUUGGAUGAGAAAACUUCAAGGAUUCUGGAGCGACUGGAAGCCCCCAAGGCCAAGAAGCAGAGGGCUAGCAAGCCACCCUGCACCAUGACACCAUCAGCAUCGAGUCAUGGUGUCAGUAGCACACAGAUCAAGAAGCCGCUGCUGCCAUUUCAACCCAGCGCUAGCCAACCACUGAAACCUACCUUCAACAGGCUAAGGAGAAAGCCUGGUGCUUAGCUAAGUAGUGUGAAGCAUAAGUACCUUCCACUUGACUAGUUCAUGAAUACAUCUUGGGUAGCCCAUGUACGGUGAUUCAACAGUUAACACCAUUUGUUCUCAAUUGUAAAUACGAAGCUCAACAACGUGUUGAGACAUGAGAUAUCACAAACUACUGAAAACAACACUCAGAUAUUAUAUAGAUAAUUAAGCUGC